CAGACACGUUGCCUUGGGAGAAGCAACACGGGCCGAUUGCUGGAUGUAACGUUACUGUCUCCGCACCAUACAGUCUAUGCUCCACACUCACACAGCGCACGUCCAACACAUCAGCUGCUCUACUCUCGACCCGGCAGUCCUGCUGGAUUUAACGCUCAACAACCAGCCGCUCCAUCCUGGGAAGGUCAGUGAUGGUCAGUGCUAGUUAGAGCCUGCAGCCGAGGAUGUCUGCUACAGAUUCGGACAACUCCAUUGACUGGCUGGCUAGUGACAAUGAGGACGAUGAGUGUGAACAAGAGUUUGACUGCACCAGAAAGCAUAGCCAGACAGAGGCUCCUUCUUCCCCCAGCACCCCACCACACCUGGGCACGUCUGACAGCAGCUGCCGCCAGAGCAGCGAGGUGAAAUGGGGUGACGGUAACUGGAGCGAGGUCAGGGAGGCCUCCAGCCGGGGAUUUCCCCACGGCUGCACUGAGACAUGGGUCAGUGCCAUUGGACUGUGUAAAACACAACAAGGAGACAAAGCAAAUGGCAAAAACACUCAGCAAGCACCGAAGAGACCUCACAGCUCCACUGAGGAGAAGUGCAAGGAACGGCAGCUCAUUUCCAAUGUGUCAGAGAAAAACCGAAUUUUCAGCAGAAAGUGCAUGGAGCUACAAUGCUACAUUCAUCCACUGUCAUCUAUCUUGAAUGGCCUCCGUUCAGGCAGAUACAGAGAACGACUCAGCAGUUUCCAGGAGAGUGUGGCCAUGGACAGGAUUCAAAGGAUCAUGGGUGUCCUGCAGAACCCCUGCAUGGGGGAGAAAUACAUUAAUAUCAUUCUUAAAAUGGAGGAAAUGCUGAAGAGCUGGUUCCCUAAUGUAAAACUCAGAGACCAACUCACUGUCACCCAGACAGAGGAAGCUGUUCCUUCCAAGAAACCGAAGCUAUCUCCAGUGACCAACACUGCAGUCAUGAGCCCCGUCACUGUCAGAGAUCCUCCAGCCGGCGUCAAAACCCUGAGAGUCACCGACCUCACUCCUCCUGGAGCCUACUCCGCCAGUAACCUGAAGUGGCUCCACACGUCACCCAUCUGCUCCCCCAUAGCAGAGCAGGCCCAGACUGGCUCCAGGCACCUGCUGUCCACCAGAGACCUAACGCAGGACAACGCUGUGUCCUCCAGCACAGACAGCCGCACUAAGACAGACUCGUUGCCCAGAGGCCCUCCGCCGGGCAAAAUCAACGCACCCUGUCUAGAGAGGCUCCUUAAGUCCACAGAAAGCAUCAUCACCCGCAAGGGGAUUGGGGGUUUGACGGACAGCAGCUGGUCAUAGUCCACACAGACGGCUGGGCGUCCAGCUGUAAGCACCUCACAGCCCAGCCUUUCCUACCCUGCCGGGAGCCAGUUAGCUCGCUUAGCCCAUUCCAGCCUUCAGGGGAGACGGCAGCCUUCAAAACGGACGUCACAGAUUCCACUUUAAUGUGGAAGGAGUGUUGACGAACAUGUUGUACUCUCUGUAUGGGAAUGUGCCCUCUCUAACAUGACAAGUGUCUGCUUUAGUUCCCUUUUGUUGACCUAUCUUUGUUUUUGUCUGCACUCUUGAAUAGUGUGUAUAAGAGUGGGAAGGAUAGAUUUCACAUGCCAAGAUCACCUGAGCUAGUGAUUUCACAACUGAACUGUUCCUACUGGCUUGUAGAUGCAAUAAUACAAUUUGAGUAUCUGUGAAACCGCCAUUAUGCCUGAAAGGGAAAGCAUUACAGGAGCAGUUUGUGCUGGAAGGGAUUUUUUUUUUUUCAGAUAUCCAGACAUGUCAGUGGUCUACAUAUUGUGAAGUGCUGAAAAUAUGGGUAAAAUGUAAUGUUAUUUUCUCCA